GACAUGCAAAAUGUGCAGUGUUGGGGUGCCUCCAGGACCAGGGUUGGGAACCACUGCCUUAAAGAAUCUGCUAUGAAGGACUUUCACAUCCCGUUUUGGCGCCUCAAAUAUUUCCCCUACGUCAGAUUCAGGUUCGAUGAAAACGGAGUGGUCAAUGAGACAUCUACUGCCUCAUGGCAGGUAAAGUUAGUCAAGUUAGAGAAAUCCUGCUGUCCUGGUCACUGCAGUUCCCGAGCGGUUUUCAGAUUACUCAUUAAUGUGCAUGGAACGGAUUUAAAUAACAGGGCUUCAUCGCCAGCAGCCUCCAUCAUCCAUCCAAUUGGUGAGGGACAUCAUCAGAAGAAAUGUCGUGCAGACACUCAAGAACACAGCUCUCAAGAAACUGAGAAGCAGAUGGACGACACCAUCUUACAGACUCAACGCAUGGAAAUAGACAAGGAGGAAUCUGAGAGUCCUUUCCAUCAGAAGGAACAAAGCCUUUUGAGAAGAGCCAUCAAAAUUCUUCUCGUCUUGUUCAUUAUUUUGGGAGUAAUUGUUAUUUUCAUGAUUGCCUGCCAAUAUGUUUAUCUGGAGUGGGAAAGAAUCGUAAGGUCACGGAGUCUUAACAAAUGCAUGAAUGGCUUUGAAAAACUGCGCUUUGUUGGAAUGUACAAUCCACCCAUAUGAACAUAUGAACCCAUAUUGCCUUCAGCACUCAAUAAAGCGUAUCAAAAUGUCCUCUCGCGGUUUGAAUAGUGUUUGUUUUUUCUAUGUAUUGUUUCUAUAUAUCUGUAUUUGCAUGUGUUAAAAUGUCAAUAAACAUGGAUCAAUAACAAUGCAGGAAACU